AUGUCUAUCAACAAGCGUCUAGUUUCACCAGUCAAUGACGAUGCAUUAAAGGUAAAAGAAACCAAAGUUCAUGACGCUGAAGAGUUACUGAAAAAUAUUUCAGUUCUUGAAGAAGAACUGUCUACUUCGAACAAGAAGGUCCAGAGCUUAAAAGACGAAAACGCCCUUCUUGAAACCAAGGUUCAUGACACUGAGGAGUUAAUGAAAAAGAUUUCAGUUCUUGAAGAAGAGCUGUCUACUUGGAACAAGAAGGUCCAGAGUUUAGAAGACGAAAAUGCCCUUCUUGAAACCAAGGUUCAUGACACUGAGGAGUUACUGAAAAAUAUUUCAGUUCUUGAAGAAGAGCUUUCUACUUCGAGCAAGAAGGCCCAGAGUUUAUUAGAAGACAAAAACGCCCUUCUUGAAGUUGAGAAAGCUAAGGUGGCUGAGCUUAAAGUUGUGAUCAGCGAGUCAACUCGUAAGAUUGAAACAAUGGCAAAAGUGAUAGAGGUCUACAGAACGCAAGUAUUAACAGCAGACAAAGAAAUUUCAAAGCUAAAUCAAGAGCUGUCUAGAAAAGAUAUUGACCAAACUCAGUUUUUAUCGCUUGGUCAAACUAUAGCCUCGUUACAGCAGCAAUUAGAUUCAAAGCAAGCCCGGAAUGAUGAACUGCAUGAGAAAGCUGUUAGAUUCACAGCUGAUAUAUCAAAGCGAGAUGAUGAAAUCAUAAAAUUGAGUACCGAGAUUAAUCAAAUGAGAAUUGUUCAUGCGGCCGAAGAGGAUAAAUUGAAAACAGAUAUCGGAAGGUUGGAAACGGAAGUCAGAGAAAAGUGUGAGUUAGUUGAUGAUUUGAAUCAGAAACAUGAUGCUGCUGUAAUUUCAUGUAGAGAUGAACUGAAAGUGAAAAUGGUGGAAUUGGAAAGAGAGGUGGAAGUGGUGUCGGAGGAGAAAAGGGAGGUGAUAAGGCAGCUGUCCUUCACCGUCGAUCAUUACAUGUCUGCAUACAAACAACUUUGUCAAGACUUCGUUUCCAUCAAGCGGCGUUUUGUUUGA